CGAUACGGGACUCUCUCUUCUCUCCACCUGGGACCUCCCCGCUCCUCCUGCGGCCCGACACCUAACUUCCGGCCGCCCCCCCUCGUCCUCCUCCUGCGCCCGUUGAACCGGUUCAGUGUCAGCAGCGUGUGUGAACCGUGUAAACACUGCCGUCGGGAUUUUCAUAUUCUGGAUCAGUGUGCACGUCAGCGCACGCGCGUGUGUGUGUGUGUGUGUUCGCGCGCGCGCGCGUUUUGCUCUGCGGCUCCGCCCGGCGUGCGGUGCGGGGACUCGCUGCUCGAAUCUGAAGAGUUUUAUUGGAUUGACCGUCAGCGGCGGGAGAGGACCGGCGUAACACCGCACGGGACAAAGAAAACCCGGGGGGACAUUAAGGAGAAAUACGAGAUAAAGGGAGGAAUGAAAAUGGAUAUUAGUGUCGUGACGCUCGUCUUUGGGCUGUUAAUGUUCGAUUCUUCCCAAGAGUGCGACUAUUACGUUGCGUCAGGCAGGAAGGCCACGUUGCCGAUGACCUUCGCGCUGGACCAGUCGGACGAGCUGACAUGGAUGCACGGCAUGAAAACCAUCUUACGUCAAACCAAAGACAAAUUCACUUCAGAGGGAAAGAAUAUUGUUACUGCAAACGGAUCCCUGACGUGGGCCAACGUGGCGCAGAGCAACGCGGGGCCUUACAAGGCCGAGGUUCACGACCGCGACGGAAAGAGUAGAUGGGCGUCAAAAUCCACACGUUUAUGUGUGAUCGACCCCGUCCCCAAGCCCACGGUGACACAUGAAUGUAAUCAAACCGAGGUCAAAUUCACCUGCGAUGUUCAACCAAAGCAGGCCGAGGGUUUCGAUUUUGAGUGGCUUCAGGACAACCAGGUGCUGGACACGGAGAAAGGUCAGACUCUGACCCGACCGGGCGAUCAGGUGACGGGUCCGAUCACAUGCAAACUCACCAACCGCGUCAGCUCGGAGACCAGUGAAGAGGUUCAUCAAACCUGUUACAGUGAGUUUUAUCAAGGUCGUCUGUCCAAUUCUGACCGGACGGCGGGAAACAAAAAAACAGCCAAAUGGGCCAGAAUCAACACUGAUUCGAUGUGUUUCUCCUCGUCUUCGUUCCCUCCCCCAUUUCCGCGAUCCAAGGAAAACUAUUUGGGAUUGAAACCUGGAUUGUCGUGGCCACCGGAGGAGCGGCCCCUCCAGAAGAAUCACCACCUCCUCCCUGGUCCUCCGGGGCCUCCCUUCCCUCUGGAGGGCCUUUCAUGGGAGGAGGAGGAGGAGAUGAAGGAGGGGGGGGGGGCACAGAUAACGAGCAUCUGUCCGUCCUCAUUAGGUGUCGUCCUGCUGCUGAUUAUCGGCGUUAUUGUUUGCUGCGUCUGCAGCAAGCGGAAGAAACGCCUGCACCUGGAGGAAGAGGAGGAGCGCAGACUGUGA